AUGGUUGUCUGCCCAAAGCACGAGUCGGGGCUGUUCAACGAGACGCUCCCAUCCACAGAGCCGCAAGCAGCGCACAAUGGCUUCGCAGGUAACCAGGACACCUUGCUCCUCAAGCAGCAGAUUGACACACUCAAAUUCGUCGCCUAUGGUGUUGUGUCAUUCGUGAUCAUCGCCCUGGGUAUCGUGGGGAACCUCAUCAACCUGGUCGUGCUGACGAGGCCCAACCUCAAAGGCGUCACCUUUGUGUACCUCACCUGGCUGGCCACGUCAGACCUCUUGACGCUCGUCGUUGCCGUGUUCUCGAUGCUAAGGCUGCACGGCAUCCAGCCGCGCACGUAUCCUGCCGCCUUCUAUUUCGCCCACGUCGAGAUGCCGCUGGUGAACGCGCUCAUGGCCAGCAGCGUCUUCAUCGUGAUAGCCGUCACCGUUGACCGCUACUGGUCUGUGUGUCUGCCCACGCGAUACAAGGAGUUCCAUAACUCCAGACGUGCCAAGCUGGCCAUUCUCAGCGCUUACGUGGCCGCAGCUCUUCUCUACGUGCCGGUGGCCUUCCAGAAGAGUCCUGUGCCAGUGUGGGACGAACGCGCCAACCGGACUCAGUAUGUGCCGUGCGACAACGUGUCCGUGUCGCGGCAUCUGGUCUUCAAGAUCUACCUUCUGGUCAAGGAGGUCCUUGUGCGAAUAGGACCGGUCCUCGUGGUGGCCGUGCUAAACACCACAAUCAUCCUCACUUUCCGCAAACUGAUGCGUAAGCGUCAGCAGCUCAUGAACAACAGCAAUCGGGACACCGGGAAGUUUCUGGAAGAGCAGCGGUUAGUCAUCCUCCUGGCGGCCAUCGUGAUUAUGUUCUGCGUGUGCAUGACUCCAGCCGCUGUUCUGACUGUCCUCAUCGGCGACGACAAGGAACUCAACUACGGCUUCCAGUUGUUCCGGGCUAUCGCCAAUGACAUGGAGAUGGCCAACUUUGCCAUGAACUUUUACGUCUACUGCUUGUGCAGCUCCGAGAUACGUGGCACGUUCCUCAGGUUGAUUCGCUUCGGGAAGCCGCCACCGGAUGUUAGUUUCGUGCUCAAGGCCAAGAGCCAUGUGGACGGAAGCACGCGGCUGUGA